AUGGCUUCAACGCAUUUGAGAGAAGGUAUAUUGAUAGGCUAUGCAGUGGGCUUCAUUUGGACAUUAGGAGUUAUACAUAUCACGAUCGCAAUGACAACUCUUAGUAUCGAUAGGAUUUUCGUCAACGGUGCUGUCUUUGGCUGUUUGUCGAUGAUGAUGAUCUCGAGGAAUCCUACAUCGGCUUAA